AUGUGGAUGCAUCAGUCUUCAGCUGAAUCUACAAAAGACGAUGUUCAUGCGGAACGGAUGUGUCUCGGAUGCCCCAUUCACGCUCAACGGAACGGACAUAUCCGAAUGCACCAGCUACGUUUAUCUGGGUCGGGAAUUGAACAUGAUGAACGACUUGACCCUCGAGCCGGGCAGGAGGAGACGAGCGGCUUUGGGAGCAUACAAGAGCAUCGAGGAUGUAGUGAAGAAGACCAGGAACACCCGGCUCCCUCUCCGGUACCACCAUACUUCCUGCUUUGA